GACCAGGUUGUUGUUGACAAUACAGUUCAGUGAGGAUGAGGCUGUAGAGCAGGAAAUUGGGGCAGAAGAGGUAUCAGAAGACAUGGCACAAGAUGAAACGUUACAUGACAGACAACAGCACUGCAUGUUUCAGGACACUUGACAUAUGCCUGUUGAUAUCGGUCAGGAAGCAUUAGAUCAGUAUUUUAAGCAUGUUGUUGGUGAAAGUAAUAGUCCGGUUAGAAUGCUUUCUGACAAAUUAAAUGAAGCGAUGUGUUUCCCUGUGCUGUUUCUAACGAGCACAAAUACAUUCCACACCAGCCGCAAGCAUCGCUUAACAUUGUCGCGCUAUUUUAAUAAUCAGAUAAUGCACGCCGACGGCCGUUUUGCGCGCAAUGUGGAAUAUAUAUUCUUUAGCCGGUAUAUGUCCAAAAUGGACCAAGUGAUAUGUAGCAUUCCGGUCGCGAUGCGUUAAGGUAAGGGGGGUCAGCAUUCUCAGGGGAAUUUCCCGGGCAUAAUCAAAGACGAGUCUCUGAAGCGCUUGCUACAGUUCGAUGAUGGUUUUCGUUUCCUUCAGCCUGUUCGCGGGACGCCAGCUUUUUGGUCUUCGGCUCAGAAAGACCUUUUGGCUUGUGUCCGCCAAUUGGGGAUUCCAACAUGGUUCUGCACCUUUUAUUCUGCUGAUUUGCGCUGGCAGAAUCUCCUUGCCAGCAUCCUGAGACAGGAAGGCAGACAGCAGACAGUAGAACAGCUAGAGUGGGCCGAUAGGUGCGAGCUGUUGCGUCGCAACCUGGUCACAGCUGUGAAGAUGCUUGACUACAGGUGGCACUGUUUUUUGAAGGAAGAACUCAUGUCCCCAUCUCAACCUGUUGGCAAGAUUGUAGAUUACUUUUAUCGAAUUGAGUUCCAUGUUCAUGUGCUGUUUUGGAUUGAUGGAGCUCCCCAAAUUUAUAAAAACACCGAUUUAGAAGUUGCAGAGUUUAUUGAUAAAUAUGUGACAUGUGAGCUACCCUCAGACAAUGACACACUAUUGGAAGUUGUGUCAUCUGUUCAAACGCAUUCAAAGUCAUGUCGUAAAAAUAAAACGAAAUGGCGUUUCAGUUUUCCAAAACCGAUCUCUGCACGCACGUUCAUCUGCAAAAUCAAAGAAUGUGUUUGUUCUAAAAAGGGAACAGGGACAGAGGGUAGUUGUAUUUCAGAAAACCGGCCACAGUGCACCUGUCUGGAGAAAAAGGGACAGAAGUUGCCAAAGGAGGUUGCACGGUUGAUUAUGUUGGGCGUAAAGGAUGCCAUGGAGAGGGAGGAGCCUUUUGGUAGCGUAGAAGAGUUGUUUGCCAGUGUGGGCAUCAACCAGACAGUCUUUGAGCUCGCUUAUAGGCGGCUGGACACCAAGAAUAAGGUGGUUUACAGGCGAGGGGGAAACGACACCUGGGUUAACCAGUAUAAAAGGAAUUUAUUGAAGUGUUGGAACGCUAAAGAAAUAGGUCUGUUAUUGAGCAAUGCCCUUAAUAAAUAAGGAAAUCUCUCUGCUAAAGAUGCUUUAAAGAAACUGGGCAGUGUAUAUUUACACAACAGAGAUGUCUCCGCUCAGGAGGCAGUGUAUAGACUAAUGAGCCUGCAUUUGAAAGAAUGUUCCAGGAAGGUCGUGUUUAUUCCAACAGGGAAUAACAUUGUGCAGAUGAGUUUACCCCUCAGUGUGUUGUUGCGAAAGUCUUCCUCAGAGGGUCUUAAGUCAGAAGACAUGUGGAUGACAAGUAUUGUAGAUAGGUUUAGGAAAAGACCCGAUAGUGUUGUGUUUGAGAAUAUGUGCAUAGCCACAUUUAGUUCAGAGUAUCGUGUUCUCAGCUAGAAUGAAAAAUCAGACAAUAGAAUUGCACUACAAGGGGGUUUAGGGUUCAUCUUGCGGAGAACACGAACUCAGUUUGCCGUCGUUUGCUACAUGGGGUUUAAAUUAGACAAACAGGAGGAAGCCCACUUUCAGAGUUUGCUGCAGUUGUUCCUUCCUCAUGGAACUGAUUUAAAUCUCAAGCCGGAAGGCUUUGAGUUCUACAAACAGUUCUAUGAGGAAGGUAAUGUGAGGUCGGCUGGCGAAACCGCGCGGCCAGUGAGAGACGUCGUUGAUAAAAACAGGGCAAAGUUUGAAGUGGACUGUCCUCGAUUAGAGCAAGCGCAGGAGAUGGCGGACCGGUUCGAUAAUGUCAAUGACGAUGCGUGGGGGGACCUUUGUCGUGAACAGCAAAUCGAAAACAUGGAAUGUUUAGAGGAGAGGCGGCAACAGCAGCAGGGGGAAAUUAGGGAAGAGCAGUUAGUAGAAUUGGAGGAAAAUGUCCCCGAUUUGUUUGUUGGUGGUAAACAUGUAGCUCAAUUUGAGAGAAACACCAACAUUUUGUCUAGAAGGGAAGGUUUAGCGCUGGUCCAUUCUCUGAAUGAGACGCAGAGGAGCAUUUUUGAUAGGAUUAGGAAAUGGUGCCUAGAAAAGGUGAUGGGAAAAAACCCAGAACCUUUCCAUGCGCUCGUAACUGGUGGGGCAGGUACUGGAGAAAGCCAUUUGAUUAGAGCAAACCACUGGAUUAGAGCUAUCCAGUACGAGGCAAGGAGACUAUUGUCGCGUCUGUACCAACCGGGUGAAACCUGCGUACUCUUAACGGCUCCCACAGGCUUAGCUGCAUACAAUUUACAUGCAGCCACAAUUCACCACACCUUCAAUAUUGACAUGCAGGUUAGUUUACCGUAUAUCCCUCUGGGUGAGGAUAAGAUAAACUCCUCGAGGAGUCAAUUUGGUCACCUACAAAUUCUCAUCAUUGACGAAAUCAGUAUGGUAGAUCAUCUUUUAGCUUAUGUGCAUGGCCGGUAAAGGCAAAUUGAACAGACGGGGGACUUGUCUCCAUUUGGCAAUGUUAGUGUUGUAGCUGUCGGUGACUGUUAUCAGUUGCCACCCGGAAAAGGGAGGCCGCUUUACACCUGUCAGGUGAAUGUGGACCUAGUGUCAUUUUACAAAACAGCACUAAAAUAAAUUGUAAGACAAAAAGAUAGUGUAUAUUCUGUUUCUGAGCUCCUAAGUAGACUUAGAGUUCGGUCAAAGCAAACCCCCUUAUUGAAAAGCGACGUAGAUAUACUCAAAUCCCUGGGAGACGGGGGAAGAAUAUUUGAGGAAAAGGCCAUUUACUGCAAGGAUACCGUCAUGGAGCAUUUACAGCCUAACUGUAUUGCUGUCACAGAGACGUGGCUCAGUGCACAAUCCUCAACAGACUGCGUCCAAAUAGAGGGAUACACUUUCCACAGGCGUCCUCGAGCCUUGUGUUACAGCAGCAAUGAUGUCAAAUGA